CAGUUGACGUGUACGGAUGCUUAACGGUAAAAAGCGUAAACGCGUCAUAGUGAAAAGUUGCAAGCAAAAAAGAAAAAAAAACAACAAGAAAAGAAAAUCUAUUCAACUUUUGCAAGCAGCUAACAAAAGAAACGAAAAGCAAAAGUAGUAUAAGAAAAAUUUAGGAAUAUUAAGUGUGAAAAAUUAUCAAAUAUUGCUAUGUGAAAAAAGUUGCUUUAUGCAGUGCAAAAUGCUAAAAUGAGCUAAAGUACAUCAACGCGAAAGAAAAUAAUUUUCAUACGCACACACGCACAAUUUCACACACAUAUCAAUAUAAAUUUGCAAAUUGCGAGUGUACGGAAAAAAGCAGGAAAAAGGCGUUUCUAUUCCAGCGACGGCAAAAGAAGUAGUUGAAUAAAGACACACAAAAAAAAGAAGCCAGUUAACAAAAAGUGAACGUAAAAAAUCAGCAAAUAAAGUACCCAGUGAAAAAAGGGCAGCUACCAGUAUUUUACUUGAUUACCAUACAUACACGCGCACAAGUCAACUCACGUACAUACACACAAGCUUACAAAUGCGCACAAACGCCCAAAAACGUCUGUGAAUAUACGCAAAAACAAAAAAUAAAACACAAAAUAAAAAAAAACUACUUCAAAAAGUGAGCACCGCCAGCCUUUGAGCCAAGAAUAGCAGCACAGAAUUAGAAAAUCGUAUUUUUUAUGAAUAUCACGAAAAGCUGGCGUUGUCAUCAAAGCAGCUGUGUGCUGUGCUUCGAAAGCAACACACAUAUAAACAUACGCACACAUACAUACAUAAAUGGGAGUGCACGUGUGUACGCCGAUACAUCGCAAAAACACGAGUGCAGGAAUCAGGCUAUCAGAUUUGAGUUUCGGAAAAAUGUAAUGUUUGUAAUAAAAACAAUAACAAUAACAACAACAAUCAAAUCGAAUGACCAACAACUGUGAGCGAGAGUUGUGAGUUCGGUGUGCCAUGUAUGUGUGUUUACAAGUAGUGAAAAACAGACUCAGGAAAGGCUCAAAGUUAGGUAUGCGUGUGGGUAUUUGUUAGUGUUCCAUAAAUAAUAUAUGUUGUUGUUGCCUUCACUGCUGAUUUGCUUAUUACCUUUUCUUGUUGUUAUUGCCACAACGCGGUCAUCCAGUGCACACAUGAGUGUUCACACAUACAUAGGCAUUGUAUGAUAACUGCCAUGGCACUCUACUUUGGUUUGUUGCAUAUUUUUGUGCGCGCCACCCUACAACUGCCGAAGUACUGUUGAAGUGUUGAAGUGUAGUCGUGGUUCGUGAAUGUUUCGCAGUUGCUUUCGACUUUAAUACGCAUCGUCUACUCGCUACGUAAAGUAUUGUCGUGUUGAUGUUACAGCAAAACUGGGAUAAAUUAAAAUAAAAAAAAAAGAUAAUUCAUUACUGGUGAAAAUCUGUACUCGCAGUGCAAAGUUUGCUAAAGCCAAAAGUUCAAAAAUUUCAACUGCAACUGUCGGCAGUUGUGUGUCAGUGUUGAGCUUAAAAAGUGAAUAACUUUUGUGUAUAAAUACAACUACAAUGAUAAGAGGCAUCAAUCGACCAUUGCACAAAUGACGCAAAUAAAUAUUCUCAACUAAACAAAAAUCAACACCCAAACAAAUUUAAUCAACUGUCCAAAGCCUGGCAAAGUGAAAAUUAGACAAGCACAAAGCAUUUAAUUACCAAUAAAAAACAAAAUAAUAAAAAAGAUAAUAACAAAAAUCAACAAGAAUUGCAAAAGAAAGCCAUUCAGCCAAAGUCUUCGCCGAAAUUUAUUGGGACAUUUGCGAUAUUCGGAUUAUAUUCUAAUAAUGACUAAAAUCGAAACGAACAAACAACGUCAAUAAUUCUAAUUGACAACCGAAAUCGACAGAAAGCAAGAAAAUAUUUCUACUAAUUCAAUACAAAAGCAAAAUCGGUUCGAAUGGCAAUAUGCAAGUAUAAAGGGAGAAAGUGAGCGAGCGAGAGAGCGAGAAAUUGUAUAGUAACUGUGAAAGAUAUCUGCAGCGUCGAAAGCUUUUAAUUAAGCCACGGAACUCAUAAAGAACGCCCCCAUUAGCUGAUAAAAAAGGAGAGAAAACCACGUCUACGCAUCUACAAACAUCCACACGCACACAGAAACAAUAAUCGCCAGAUCGUUCAAAUCAUGGGCACCGGUCAUUACUUUUGGGUGAUAUUCUACUUUGCCAGUUUAUGUAGCGCAUCACUAGCUAAUAAUGCCAAAAUAAAUUUCCGAGAAAAGGAGAAAAAAGUCUUAGACCAAAUUUUAGGUGCAGGAAAAUAUGAUGCCAGAAUACGUCCAUCCGGAAUUAACGGCACGGAAAAUAUGCCCACGUAUGUCUAUGUCAACAUGUUUCUACGGUCAAUAUCAAAAAUCGAUGAUUAUAAAAUGGAAUACAGCGUGCAGUUGACCUUCCGCGAACAGUGGACAGACGAGCGGCUGAAAUUCGAUGACAUACAAGGUCGUCUGAAGUAUCUAACUUUGACUGAAGCGAAUCGUGUGUGGAUGCCCGAUCUGUUCUUCUCAAACGAAAAAGAGGGACAUUUCCAUAAUAUAAUCAUGCCAAACGUUUACAUUCGCAUAUUUCCAAAUGGCUCCGUGUUAUAUAGUAUUCGUAUCUCAUUGACUUUGGCAUGUCCCAUGAACCUGAAAUUGUAUCCAUUGGAUCGACAAAUAUGCUCGCUGCGCAUGGCUAGUUAUGGCUGGACAACAAACGAUCUGGUCUUCCUGUGGAAGGAGGGUGAUCCCGUGCAAGUGGUUAAAAACUUACACCUACCUCGCUUUACACUUGAAAAAUUCUUGACUGAUUACUGUAACAGUAAAACCAAUACGGGUGAAUACAGUUGCCUCAAAGUCGAUCUACUAUUCAAGCGAGAAUUCUCAUAUUACUUAAUCCAAAUUUAUAUCCCAUGCUGUAUGUUGGUCAUUGUCUCAUGGGUGUCAUUCUGGCUUGAUCAAGGCGCCGUACCAGCACGUGUGUCAUUGGGUGUCACCACCCUGCUCACCAUGGCAACACAAACGUCUGGCAUAAAUGCCUCACUGCCGCCAGUCUCCUACACAAAGGCGAUCGACGUUUGGACUGGUGUCUGUUUGACAUUCGUCUUUGGAGCGUUGCUCGAAUUCGCGCUGGUGAACUAUGCCUCCCGUUCAGGUUUGAAUAAAGCUAACAUGCAUAAGGAGAAUAUGAAAAAGAAACGUCGCGAUUUGGAGCAGGCCAGCUUAGAUGCUGCUUCAGAUCUGCUCGACACAGACAGUAAUGCAACAUUCGCAAUGAAGCCGCUAGUGCGUCAUCCCGGCGAUCCGAUGGCCCUGGAGAAGUUGCGCCAGUGCGAGGUGCAUAUGCAGGCGCCCAAACGUCCAAACUGCUGUAAGACAUGGCUGUCAAAGUUUCCUACAAGACAAUGUUCUAGAUCGAAGAGGAUCGAUGUUAUAUCACGAAUAACGUUCCCGCUAGUAUUUGCGUUAUUCAAUCUGGUCUACUGGAGCACUUAUCUCUUCAGGGAAGAAGAGGAUGAGACCUUCUAAAGGCGAUCUGAUUGUGAUGUUGAAAUCUAUGAAAACACAGUGCAGAAAACUAGGAAUAAGCAGCUAUGUAGAAUCCAAAAAU